AUGGCGGGGCGGGUCUCCACCAGGGGCCUUACCCGCUCCGUGGCUCAUAGACUAAAAUAUUACAUUGACAUUCAAAGAAAAGAAGAUAGUUUUGAUUUAUCAGGAGCUAGCAGGAAUGAGGCUGAAAGAUCCAGUUUCUAUAUGCAUCCUGGAAGCUUUGCUGAACAAAAAUAUGAUCAGUGUCUCAAGCAUAAUUUUACAGAUUGUAAAUUCGAAGCAUCUCUUCGAAUGUAUACAGGAAAUUCUGAAGAAUGUGAAAGAAAAUUACAGAGCAGCCCAGAAAGACAACAGGAAAUUAAGAUAAUCAAAAAGAAAAUGGCACAAGUAACAGAUGUUGUAACUGACAGACCUUUCCCGGUCUUAGUAAGGAGUACAAAAAGAACAAAGAAGUUGCACAGCUUCCCUUCCAGACUAUCUCAAUUUCCUCCUUCCCCAUACACAUCACAAGAAGAAGUCAUGAGGCUCAUUUCAUCAGUUUCAAAGCUAAUUGUUGCAGCGACUUGUGAAAUCUCUUCGGAGGAAAUAAAGACAGACUGUGCCUCACCCCAAAAGAGGAAAGAAGCUAAAAAUAUUCAGAGAUUGGACCAUUACUACAAGCAGUGUGCACCUCGUCCUGUGAUCUCUCCAGAUCCCCAUGAAUAUGAAGCUAAGAGCAUUGAUGUAUUCUGUUUUAAAAGUACACGGGAAACGAACAAAUUAGAAGAAUCAAAUGCUGACUUUAUCCAAGAAAAUUCAAGGAAUGAUUAUGGGAAAAAUACGAACAAAGACAAGAAAGAAAAAAACAGUAGAAAUGUAAAUGGACCAGUCAGAGUUGAGAGAUCAUCUAAUAUUUCCAGUAACUCAUCUAAACAUACGAGUGUACUUUCUAAAACUUCUACAAGAGCAAGUGAUUUAAAUUCAUUGUACUUAAGUAUCAUAUCUCCUUAUGCACAACGAACUGACAGAAGUAAAGCUUCUAAAAAAAAUGUGCUUAAUGAAGGAGUGUCCUCUGCCUUGUGCAGCUCUUCAGUGAUGUCUGAAUGCCAAGAUACAGAGCCAAAUACUGGCUGUAUAUCAGGCGUGACAAGUUUUGCUCAUUCUCAGAAAAAUAAAUGCAUCUCUAGGUGGCUCUAUAAGUCAUCUGAAUUCAAAAGGCAAAAGUCAGCCCAGGUGCCUAGUAGAAAGCAUUCAGGCUUCAGAGGUAGUAAGUCUAGCAAGCUUUCACAAGGAAGGCCAAUGGAGAACUCCAGGAAUGUACCACUACAUCAAAAAGAAAGAAAAAAUAGUGAAGGAAAUAGGGAAUUAAAUGAGAAAAUAAUUCAUAAUGUUUCCACAAAUGCACAGACCCCAAUCAUAAAUGAAAACACGGAAGAACAAACAGCUUCUGUUGUGGCUCUUAAACAUGGCAUUUACCACAGCCGAAAUAACACAAGUAACAGCCUUCAUCAGAGACCUCAAAGUAACCAGCACGAAAAAAAGAAGAAAGAUUUGUGUAAAUUAGCUACAGGAAAAAAUACUGAAUCCCAUAAGGUCCAUUUCCAAGGUCCAUUGCAGUUUUCCAGAAAUACUGAACAGAAAUGUAGCUGUGUAAACUUGAAUAGUUGUAACAUAACAAGUGACUAUGGAAUUCAAACCAUUGCUUCAGAAAGUAAACCUUUAGGGACUGUGACAUCUUCCAGAGAAUGAAAAUGAAGAACACCUUUCUAGGGUCGCACUUGGAGCACCUUCCUUUUUACAUCAAGUUUUCCUGGAAAUGGAGCAAGAUGCAUCACCUACUUCAACUGCAUCUGAGCAAAAAGAUCUGGACAGCAGUUUAGAAAACAAAAGUAUACAACAAUUAUCUAACCAGCUUUUCAUCCUUAAUCAAUCCACAGGAGACGACAAGGUUCAGGAUACUAUCAGUAAUGUACAGACAAGUGACAGUAUUUUAACAGACUCAUGUGAUUGGCAAAUGGCACACAUCCCACAGAAGGUUCAGUGUUGUUGCACCUGUGCAGAAGAACAAACUAACUUUAAAUCUGAAACAUCUGAUGAAGAACAAGACAGUUUCUCAGAUUCAUCUGUGACAGUAACAAGUAUUUUAGGUGCAUUAGAAAACCAACAGUCAGAAGAGGAGUUCACUGUAUCAUCUGUAUCUGAUAGCCUGAGUCUUGGAUCAUUAUAUGACGUACAUGAACAGAUGG